UUUUCGUAACUUAAAUCCACAUUAAAAAUGGCAAAAAUAAGAUCAUUAGGUCUAUUAAGUUUGAAAACUUUUAAUUCGAUUCCUUUACGAAAUGCACAGACUUCUGCGUCUUCUGCUGUAAAGGUAUUUCAAAUAUAUAGAUGGAAUCCAGAAAAACCUGGUGAUAAACCCAGACUACAAGAGUACGAAGUUGAUUUAAACAAAUGUGGCCCAAUGGUCUUGGACGCUUUGUUGGCAGUUAAAAACGAGCAAGAUCCUACCCUAACUUUUCGGAGAUCUUGUCGAGAAGGUAUAUGUGGUUCUUGUGCUAUGAAUAUUAAUGGUACAAAUACUCUUGCGUGUACUUGCAAAAUUGACGCAAACCUAUCUAAGAAAACAAAAAUUUAUCCCUUGCCACAUAUGUAUGUUGUAAAAGAUUUGGUACCUGAUAUGACCAAUUUCUACGAGCAAUAUCGGUAUAUAGAACCGUAUUUGAAGAGAAACACUUUACCUGCUGAUGGUAAAGAAAAUAUUCAAUCGAUAAAGGACCGUGCGAAGUUAGAUGGUCUGUAUGAAUGUAUAUUGUGUGCUUGUUGUAGCACAUCAUGUCCAAGUUACUGGUGGCAUUCAGAAAAGUAUCUUGGGCCUGCUGUGCUUAUGCAAGCCUAUCGUUGGAUAAUUGAUAGUCGAGAUGAAUUCAAAAAAGAAAGAUUAGAAAAGCUUGAUAAUGAAUACUCCAUCUACAAGUGUCACACAAUUAUGAAUUGUACACGUACAUGUCCCAAAGGGCUUAAUCCAGGUUUAGCUAUUGGUGAAGUCAAGAAGAUGAUUCUUCAAAAAAGUUAACUAUUUUUGAAAAUACUUUAUGUGUAAAUGUACUUGUAAACUGUUUUUUUCUUCUGAAUAAUGGUAAAGUGUAUUUUAGGAUUUA